UUGAGAUCUUAAGAACCGCGGAGCAAAGGGAGACGGCAGAGAGCAACGAACUUGAGGAAAGCGGUGUCUCUGAAGGAAAACCUGAACGAUGGCGUCGAAGUUUUACAGCCUGACGGCCAAACUGCUCACAGGAGAAAUAUUUAAUUUCUCGUCACUUCAGGGUAAAGUCGUCCUUAUUGAGAAUGUCGCGUCUCUCUGAGGCACGACGGUCAGGGAUUACACCCAGAUGAACGAGCUCCACGAGCGGUACGCCAGCAAGGGGCUCGUUGUCCUGGGAAUACCCUGCAACCAGUUCGGCCAUCAGGAGAACUGCAAGAAUGAAGAAAUCCUCCUGUCCCUGAAGUAUGUCCGUCCUGGAAACGGCUUCGAGCCGAAGUUUCAGCUCCUGGAGAAGGUGGACGUCAAUGGGAAGGAUGCCCAUCCCCUGUUUGUGUUCCUCAAAGAAAAGCUCCCAUUCCCCAGUGACGAGCCUUCAUCCCUGAUGAAUGACCCCAAGCUGAUCAUCUGGAGCCCAGUGAGCAGAAACGACAUAGCCUGGAACUUUGAGAAGUUCCUCAUUGGGCCAGAUGGAGUGCCUUUCAAGCGAUACAGCAGGAGAUUCCUCACCAGCGACAUUGAGGGAGACAUCAAGAAGCUCCUCAGCCAAGCCAACUAACCACCCUAAAGCUCACGCUUGCACCAUUAGUUCUAGCACUAAUCCAAGGUGUUUCCAUCAGGUUGACAUCAUUGGGCCUUUUUGUAUUCCCUCCAUGGUGUUUUAUUUGGCAUCACCUGUGCUCUCCUGUGUCUGGUGUGGCUGUGUUGUUUGUUUUUACUGUAUGAAGACAUCCUCUGAAACCAGGUGUAAGGGGGGUGUUGGAUGAAAUGUAAAAUGUGCAACAUUGACAGCUCCACCAGCUGCGUGGAAAGCACAGCUGAAGUGAGAUAUGUGAGGUCUAAUAAAAAGUCUUUUU